CUCUGGGUGGCACUAGGACCGCGGCAGCCCGGCCCUCGCAGCCACCGCCUCCGGCACGAGGCGGAGCCCAGCUGUUCCUGGAUCCCGGGCCUGGCUCCUCGACCCGCCCCUGGAGGCGGACCCCACUUGACUUAAACUCUGGGGCCCGGGAGGCUGUCGGUUUUCUCCCUGCUUGGCGGGGUGGUCCUCUUCCCUGGUUGGACCAAAGAAGUAAAUACAGGGUGGAGGGAGACUGACAUGUUUGGCGGGAAAUGGGAACGAGCAUACACAAUAAUUAAAGAGCAAAGUUGUGCUUAAGGGCUGGAGUGCAAUGACGUGAUCUCAGCUCGCUGCAACUUCUGCUUCCUGGCUUGAAAUGGUUCUCCUGCCUCAGCCUGUCCAGUAGCUGAAAUUACAGAUUCCUGACAUUCAAACAACUGACUUGUAAUAUAUUGCUAUUGUAUCAAACCGACAAUGAAUUGGAAUGCAAAACCAAAGAGUGCUACAUUACCACCACUGUAUCCGAAAAGCCAGCCACUUUUUUUGCAGCAGUCUUUAAUUAACCAAGUUACCACAACAUCUCCAAGCUCUUUCAGCUAUCCUGGAAGUAACCAAGAAGCAUGCAUGUAUCCCAGUAAUUCAAAUUCAAUUUCACAGCCACUGCUAAAUGUCCAGAAUUAUCCUCAACAAAUCUCUGUUUCUGAUAUGCAUAAUGGGACAGUUGUGGCCUCGCAUACUUCAGUAGAAAGAAUAACAUACGCAAAUGUUAAUGGACCCAAACAGCUAACUCAAAAUUUGCAAAUAUCUUCAGGAGCGACACAAAAUGUAUGGUCGAACUCGACAAUAAGGAAUCCUGUGCAUUCUCCUAUUGGGGCAACUGGGUCUCAUCUAACUGAUUUUAGAACUAAUGCACCCAGUGUGCCUGCACUGCAGAGUCAAUUGGUAACAUCAGAUACCUGUUCUAUGCAUAUGCAAAUGAUCCCUUCUAAUUCUACAAGACUUCCUGUGGCUUACCAAGGAAACCAGGGACUUAACCAGUCUUUUUCAGAGCAGCAGGUUGAUUGGACACAACACUAUAUGUCUAAGGGACUGACUUAUCCAGAUUACAGACCACCUCCAAAGCGAUACCGUUACUCACCACAAAGCUUUUUACAAGAUCCUGCCAUUCAGAAAGGAAACCUUACUACAUCGUUACAAGUUAAAAAUAGUCAGCUUCCAAAUUCUGUGCUAACUUUAUUGUCAAAGCAGACUGCAGCUGUACCAUCACAGCAGUAUGCCAUGCAAACUGACAGAAGACCUCCUCCUCCUUACAACUGUAGAUAUGGAAGCCAGCCUUUGCAAAGUACUCAGUGUAUUACUAAACACUUGUCUAUGGAAGUUCCUCCUAGUGGAGAAAUGCACUCAUCUGAAAUGAGGGCCAGCUUUCAACAGCAGUGGCAAAACCCUAAUGAAAGUAUUAGCACAAUUGGAAAUUUUUCUAACUUGAAAGUAAAUACCAGCAGCAAACAACCUUUUAAUGAUCCCAUUAGAUCUUCUGUGGAUGGUGUUCAGACUCUUGCUCAGAAUAAUGAAGAGAAAAGGAAGGAUUCUUAUAAUCCAACUUCAAAUCAAGUACUGGACACAAGUGUUACAAAAGAAAAGCUAGUAAGGGAUAUUAAAACAUUAGUAGAAAUAAAACAGAAGUUUUCAGAACUUGCAAGGAAAAUUAAAAUCAAUAAAGAUCUUUUGAUGGCAGCAGGUUGUAUUAAAAUGACUAAUACCUCUUAUAGUGAACCAGCUCAGAAUUCUGAAUUGUCUCUGAAACAAACUGCCAAAAUCCAGUCUGCACCACGGAUAUCUCCAGUAACGUCAGAGAGUGCAGAUAGACAACCACCUACAGUAGUGAAAUCUACGGAAACAAGUAAGACUCAAUGUACGUUGAAUUCUGACAUUCAGAAAAUCAAUUGCAGAAGGUUUAACCAAGUUAAUUCUGUUGUUUUACCAAAUCCUGUGUAUUCUGAAAAGCAGCCAAUGCCAGAUCAGACUCAUGAUGUGAAAGUUCUCACUUCAAAGACAUCAGCUGUUGAGAUGACCCAGGCAAUAUUAAGUACUCCACUUUCAUCAGAAAAUGUUAGCAAAGUUGAGCAAAAUUCAGCAGUUUGUGAAACAAUUUCUGUUCCCAAGUCCGUGUCCACUGAGGAAUAUACAUCAAACAUUCAAAAUAAAAAUGCACUACUUAUCCGUUUCCUUUUAGAGGCAGGUAAGACUCAGAAGACCGUAUUUAAAGAUGCUAGUCAAACUAUUCAGGAUUCUAAACCAGACAGUUGUGAAAUGAACCCAAGUACCCAAAAGACUGGUAACCAACUAAAUUUGAAGACCAUGGAAACUCCAAGUAUUUCUAAUGUAAGUGGUGGGAUUUCAGACAAUUCUUUUUGCAGUGAACAAGAAUCCUCAACAAAAGGAAUGCCUGCUAAAAGUGACAGUAGCUGUUCCAUGGAAGUGCUAGCAACCUGUCUUUCUCUUUGGAAAAAGCAACCUUCAGAAAGUACAAAAGAAAAGCAGUGUGAUAAACUCAGAACAAACACAACAGCAGUUGGAAUUUCAAAGCCUGCUAACAUCCACGUUAAGAGUCGUUGUUCAGUUGUGGGAAAUUCAAAUUCUCAGAAUAAAAUAAGUAAUUCCUCACCGCAAACAGGUUUGUCAAUGGUAGUGCACAAUUACGAGUCUUUAUGCAUUAACACAACAAAGGGAACAGAACUUCAGAUUGCUGUAGUCUCACCGUUAAUUCUGUCAGAUGUCAAAACAUUGUCUGUCAAAGGAGUAACACCUGCAGCAUUACCUGAAACAGUGUAUCCAGUUAUUAAAGAAGGCAGUGUUUGUAGUUUACAAAAUCAGUUGCCAGAAAAUGCAAAGACAGAUGCUGCUUUGAAAGUUGAUGUUAGUGGACCAGUAGCAAGUACUGCAGUGUCAACCAAGAUUUUCCCACUAACUGAGAAGGAAAAGCAGAAUGACUCAACUAAUGGUAAUUCAGAAGGCACACUUAAUGUCAGUCAAGGAAAGCAUAACAAAUUAGAGUCAGCUAUCCAUUCUCCUAUGAGUGAUCAGCAAACCUCACAGGAAUCAAGGGAUAGUACUGUUGUGAGUAGUGAUAUAUUACAGAUUGACAAUAUAUGUUCUCUGGUUGAAGGUGAUACCUCUUACAAUUCCCAAAUUGCAAAGAUAUUCAGCUCUCUUUCUUUGAAAGUGGUUGAGCCACAGAAACCAUCUCUACCCGAUCAGCAAGGGAUUGGUAGCAGAGAACCAGAAAAACAAUCAGAUGAUACCACUGAAAAUAAAGACUUUGGUUUUCAAAAAGAUAAACCUGUACAGUGCACAGAUGUUUCACAUAAAAUAUGUGAUCAGCCAAAGUCAGAGCCACCCUUAGAGUCAUCUUUUAGUAAUCUUGAACUAAACAGAGGAAUUCUGGAGGAAAGUAGUUUGGAGCAUGCCACUGAAGAAAGCACAGCUAACGAUACAUGUUCAUCAGCUGCUAUUCAGGAGGAUAUUUAUCCCCAGGAAACUGAUGUAUCCAGCAAUUACACUGCCCAAGGUCCUGCAGGAAAUGAAACUCACAGUGAUAAGGUGCCUGUCUUAUACCUACAUGACCAGCUGUCAGAACUUUUAAAAGAGUUUCCUUAUGGCAUUGAGGCUGUUAAUACACAUGAUGGUUCUGUGGGCCAGCAAACAACAUACCCGACCUCAGAAGAUCAGACUGCUGAUAAAACCAGUUCUGACUCCAAAGACCCAGGAGAUCAAAUACAAAUUACAAUGUUAAGCUCAGAGCAAAUGAAAGAAAUAUUUACUGAACAGGAUGAUCAACCUUGUGUGGUAGACAAGUUGGAAGAACCUGAGAAAGAAAAGCCCAUCACAGAAGUAGGUAGCCAUUGUGACCUGCAGGCACCUGCAGGAGGAGAAAGUCGUGAUUCUCUGGUACUGAACUCAGAGAAAGAUGACAUCCACUGCUGUGCGUUGGGUUGGCUCUCCAUGAUUUAUGAAGGAGUACCCCAGUGUCAGUGUGAUUCCAUCAAGAACUCAACUUCAGAGGAAGAGAAAGGAGAUCAGUGUUCUCCUUUGGAGACCAACAGUUGUAAACAAGGAGAGAGAACCUCUGAUAGAGCUGUCCCUGUUGUUGAAUCUAAGAUCCUUCUAAAUAAUCCAAAGACGACUCCUCCUCCAGAUGGGGAAAGUCAUUUUCCUGAAAUACAAUAUGAUGAUGAUAGUAUCAAAGAUGCAUCCACAACAAAACAUAAAAGCAUACCAAGAGUGGAACAAGAAUUAACAGCUGGUCAGUUUUCAUCCAAAUGUGAUAAACUAGAUGAUCCCUUGCAAAAUCACAAAAAAAAAAAACUGAGGUUUCAUGAGGUAACCUUUCACUCCAGUAAUAAAACGACAGCAUCUUAUGAACAAGCUUCUCAAGAAACUCAACAGAAGAAACAUAUAACACAGAACUCACGCCCACUAAAAGCAAAAACAGCUUUUUUUUCAAAUAAAGAUCUAUAUAAGAAGCAUAGUUCCUUGGGACAGCCAUUGCCAGAAAAGAUGAAAUUCAAACCAGAUGGCUUCAAACAAAAACAUUUGGAAAAAAGGAAGUUAGACCAAGGGAACGUAUUAGAUAUGGAAGUAAAGAGGAAGAAACGUGAUAAACAAGAACAGAAUGAAAGUGUGGGAGCUAAGUUCAAAUUAGGUGACUCUUCGUCAAACCCAAAGGAGAGAGCCAUUGUUAAGGAAAAGAUAGUAUCAAAUACUAAGUCUUUAGACAUGAAAGCUAGUUCAUCUAAAUUUGGAAUUCCUAAGGAGUAUUUACAAAGGCAGAAGCAUAAAGAAGCUGUGAGUAAUAAAGCAUCGAAAAUCUGUGUGAAAAAUGUACCAUGUGAUUCUGAACACAUGAGACCCAGUAAAUUUGUGCAGGUCGGAAGUUGUGGGAAAUCGAAUGAGAGACACAGCAGCAGUGUACAGACCUCUAAAGAAUCAUUAAAUGGCUUGACAAGCCAUGUUAAAAACCUCAAAAUCCACCAUUCUGAGGAGUCUAAAACAUACAAUAUUUUAAAGAAUGUUAAAGAAAAAGUUGAUAGAAGGCAGUCUGACAAAAUAUGGAUUGACCAGACUAAAUUAGACAAGAAAUUAACCAGUAUAAGCAGUGAAGCUCAAUUCAGCCAAAUGCCUCCCCAAGUAAAGGAUCAAAAGAAAUUAUAUCUGAAUAGAGUUGCAUUUAAAUGCACUGAACGUGAAAGCAUUUGUCUCACCAGAUUAGACAAUUCACCCAGGAAGCUUCAUAAAGAUAAAGAGAAGAGACAGGAAAAUAAACGUAAGACCUUUUUACCAGUGAAAGAUAACACAGAUAAAUCAAACAUGCUGGAGUUUAAAUUAUGUCCAGAUAGCUUACUAAAGAAUGCAAACUCUGUGGAAGAACGGAAGGAUGUAAAUCCUCAUCCCAGGAAGGAGCAAGCCCACGUGCAAGUUUCAGGAAUAAAAAGUACAAAAGAAGACUGGUUAAAAUGUAUUGCUAUGAAGAAAAAAACACAGAAAAACAGCCAAGAAAAAGAUAAUGUUAAUUCAGGACACAGGAGAAGCUUCAGUGCAGAUGGAUUUGAGAUGCUACAGAACCCUGUAAAAGAUUCAAAAGCAGUGUUUGAAACCUACAAACAGAUGCACCUGGAGAAGAGAAGCAGAAGCCUUGGUAGCAGUCCUGUAAAAUAAUUGUAAGAUGUGGUUUUGUAGUUGCCACUGGGAAAUUUCUUUCCUUUUCAGUUCAGAAUAUUUUGCUGUAACUAAUCAGAAAUGCCAUGGUAAAGUUUGGUUCCCACUUUCAUUGUUUUGCAUUGAAAGUGCUUAAUGAAAACAGCUUGAGAACUUUGGGUAGGCAUAUGUAAAAAAUGGAUGUUAUUCAUUGGGGAAACCGUAAGAUAUUUGAAUGUCUAUUGAACCAGGUUUACCAUUAUUUAAAAAGGUGUGCUUAUACAAAUAGAUUGGAAAUCCUAUCCGUCCUGAGGGAGGAUUGUUCCUCAGUUAAGGACUUGUUUAUUUAAAUGGGACUGUAAAUAUGUUUUGGUUUCUAAGCUGUAUUAGCAAAACUUAUUUUUCAGAAAUGCCCACUGUGAUGUGAAUGUAAAAGUAUAUUCUUAAGUAUUUUAUAACGAAUCGUCACCUUUUUUUUUUCCAGAAGUCUUAUUUUAUACUUGUGAAACUAACAUGAUUUUUGGACAAUGUUUAAACAUUUACUUUUCAUACUUGAAAUAAACAUUUAUUUUUUAAAAAACUAA